GUGAGUCGGCGGUCGCGCCGGAAAAGGAGGACGGCUGCGAUAACGGCCACGAACGCCGCGGCGCUGAGACCUGCCGAGGCUCCGAGGUACGCUGGUCUGUUUAGCAAGGUUGUCCGAUGACUCCAGGUCGCGACGGCAGUUUGAACGUUCGGCACGGUAGUAGAGGUCGGCUGCGGUGUCACAGUCGACAGGGCGACAGUGGGUGCGGGUGCUCCGGUGGAUGCUAGUAUAGGCGCCGAUGUAGUUUGGCUUCCUGGCCCUGUCCCCGUCGCAGCAGGGAUGGUUGCGCUUUGAGUCGCUGCAGCUAGAUUGACUUUGCUAUCGCUCCCUAGAGGUUGCGACGCCCAGGCCGGGAUGACGACGUCGGGGUUAGCGGGAUGGGAAAACGUAGUUACGUCGGGUGGACUACAUUUCAGCGAGCCAGAAUAAUCGGUCCAUGAGUAUUGUAAGAGCGGUGUACUGGUGCACAAUCCGCAAACAUAUAAUAGCGAGUAGUACACCGUGUUGCAUAAGCACCAGUUGUUCUGUAACUGGGCCGGGCCUGGCAAGGGGGCCGAAGAACUGUAGCAUGCAUUAUUGGACCAGAGGGCGGCUGCCACCUGACAAGGGUCCUUGCCUUGGCUACUAUCGAACUACGUCAUAUUCAUGUGUCUUGCAGGUUGGGGGGAUUUGGAAGGCGAAGGACUGAUCACCCCUCGUUGCUGGAUGUGCGAGGAUCAGGGAGGACGCUCUAGAUAGUCCGGCCAUCCUCGACGUCGAGUGAACACGAAGCUACAGGAAGCCAGUACUUAUUGGCAUUGCUGCGUAGAGUUACGCUUCGGACUCCUGGACGGUUCUGACACUGAUCGAUAUGGCGCCUGUGUUGGUUGGGAUCAGUCAGAACGAAAACGCCGAAUGCACAAGCAUUUCCAAUCUCAUCUGCUCGUGUGGCGGGUCCUCACGAUGUAAGGCAGACCGGUGCAAUGAGAAGACCGCCGCAUUGCGUGUGGUCAGAAAAACGCGUGGAAGUGCAGCAUCUAAACUAUGUAAGUACUUUGAAGACACAUAUGUGAGCUUCGGGAUCAAGCACACGUAUCAGGUCUCUAUGGUUCCCGAACACUGUAGUUGAUGAUUGGACGUGUCAUCCCGCUUUCUCUUUGAUGAGAUCGAUCUUUGUUUGGUAAGUCCAGUUCUUCAUUUGGAGACUAUGCAGGCCAACUCAUGCUGCCCUUUUCUGCCCGUGCCCCCGACAAGCGAGAUUCGAGAGCAGUUGAGCCGCCUCUUCG